AUGUUUAAACUUUGGAAAAUAACACUUUUAUUUUAUGUCCGCCUGUGGAGAAAAGAUACUAAAGCUAAAUUUCGUGCAUUUAUGGCUGCAGCUGUUGCAAAUACAAAUGGCGAUGGUUCGAAUACAUAUCUUUUACUUGGACCCAUUGGUACGGGUGCCUUUAGAAAUGAUGCAUCGGGAAUUGGAUAUGCCUUCCGUAAAGCACUCCAAUCACCAAUGAUGGGUUAG